AUGUCGUCGACGAAAAUGGCGUCGAGCAAGAGAAAACAGGAUGAAAAACAUCUGAAAAUGUUACGAGAGAUGGCGGCUUUGCCACAUAACAAACAGUGCUUUGACUGUCACCAAAGAGGGCCGACGUAUGUCAAUAUGACGGCCGGAUCGUUCGUGUGUACCUCAUGCAGCGGUAUACUACGAGGUAUAAAUCCCCCACAUCGUGUGAAAUCUAUAUCAAUGACCAGCUUUACACCAGAAGAAAUGGAAUUUCUAAAAUGCCAUGGAAAUGAUUUUUGUAGAAAGGUAUAUUUGGGGCUGUAUGACAGUCGGUCUGGUCCAGAGCCUGAUGCCAGAGAGGAACAAAAAGUGAAAGACUUUAUGAUACAAAAAUAUGAGAGGAAACGGUUUUAUGUGGCGCCAACAGAGGCCAUGAAGGAGGAGGCAAAACAAAUGAAUGAAGCAGCAAUGAACAAACAGCCACAGACCAAACCUUUGAAGUCCCUACUUGGGAACAAUGCACCUGCUCUGGUUGUCCAAAAUCAGGCACAAGCACCAAAGCCACAGACAACUCCAGGUCCAAUCACAGUACCCACACCCACGCAGCCUGCUUCGACCCCUAAACAGGACCUGUCAUUCCAGUCACCAGGGCAACAGAGUCAGUCCUCACAGUCCUCUGGCUCCACCACCAUGGAUUUACUCGGGGAUUUAGGAGGUGAUCCAUUUGCUUCAUCAGCCCCACCGCCAGCCCCAUCUACAGGUGGAGGCGGUUUUGCAGAUUUUAGCAACUUUAAUAGCCAGUUUUCAGCACCAGCACAAACCAACCUUCCCUUUCAAUCUAGCGGCAACCCACUUGUUCCCAUGGGAAGUGUGGCCCAAGCUAAUCCACAGACCACAGCAAAUGGAGUUUUCUCCACCCCACAGUCCACCCCAGCCUCAACACCAGCUUCCUCCGCGGCAACUCAAGGGGGAGAUAAGUAUGCCUCACUGGCUGAUCUCUUCAGCUCAGAACCAGCUGCUACUACCCAGCCAAGUCCCUCAGUGAGCUGGACUGGUGGCUCUGGUGAUACAGGGUCAGGUGUAAACUGGGGAGGCAGUGGUUGGGAUGGAUCAGGGGUCAAAAGCACCCCAGCUCCAGUUCAGACACCAACCUCAGCAGUUAACUGGAAUAGCCAACCCAAUGCUGCAGUCAAUACUGGUGUCAACUGGAACAGUUCCUCGUCUACAAAUGCCACAUCUUCCAAUGCGUUUCCAAAUGCAGCCUCACAGAGAGUUGGAAACCCAGGCAACCCCUUUAUCUCGGCAGUGUCCGGUGCAAACCCAUUUGGUGGAGGGUCCACUACAGUACCUACACAGCCUGCCAUGGGAGCAACCAGUAAUCCAUUUGGAGGAGCAGGGGGCCAGUCAUUAUUUGGUAGCCAGCCUCAGCCUGCCCACGGAGGCUUUGGCCAACCAGCAGUGGCCCAAGGAUUUGGUCAGCAACCUCCCACAAAUUCCAUGGGAGGAUUUGGCCAGCCUCAGACAACAGCAGCAGGAGGCUUUGGUCAGUUUGGUACAGCACCAUCUAGUGGGAUAAGUGGUGUGCCUCAACAACAAGGUGGAGCUAAUUUUGGACAAUAUGGAAUGCAAAAUGGUGGUGGAUUCAGUUCUGCAGGCAAUGUAGCCCCAGCAGCAGGGGGCUUUGGUGCGUUUUCUCAGCCUCAGUCAAACUUUGGUAAUGCCAUGGGCACACCAGGACAAUUUGAUAAUAAAAUGGCGGGUAUGUCAAUUCACCAACAGCAACAAGGCUUUGGACAGGCAGCGGGAGGUGCAGGAUGGGGACAGCCAGCCCCUACAGCCAACCCCUUCAUGUCUGCAGCCUCCCAGCCUGUAGCACCUUCGAGCAGCUCGAACCCAUUCUUGUGAUUACCAAAGACAGUAGUAGUUUUAACUGGACAAACGUGACCAAAUAUGUGAUGAGAAUGUAAAUAACGGCAGGUGAUCAAGUCAUGUGAUCGACUUGUGAUCAAUACAUUUUAUGUCAUGUGGUUUGCCAUCGCUACUGGGAUUUAGAAACGUGCAGUUCAAGUUAAAUCGACUAAAGGUGAAUUACCUGGCACAUAGCCUCACCUGAAGCAAGUACACCAUUCCUAUUCCUGGCCCUCUAGGUUGUGAAGGGAAUGAACUGAUGUAUAACAUGAUGAGAUGUAACAGCAGUUAUUAUUGGUCAGUUUACUGACCUGAUGAUGCACGAUUUGUACAGUCAUCUCGUCACUCUAUCAUCAGACUGCAUGUGCAUGUGUUUAACUGCAUCAGCAGACCACAUCUAGACAGAUAGCUAAAUGCUGUCAAAUAUUAAGAUUGUGAACAUUCACUAGUGUGCUAGUAUUAAUAACCUGUUUUGUUUUGGUGAGAGCUAGGUUAUGUUUUUUAUAAGCCAUGCUGCUAAAGCCCUUGAAGUUUGAAUAACUCAUUGGUACAGCGUUGUACUGGUAGGGGAAAGCAAUGGUAGUUCAUUGGUAGUGUGAUUUAAGGUUAAGCAACUCAUUGAGGAAUAAGGUCAGAUUGACUCAUUUUAAAGUGGACAAAUUCUAGUAAUUACUAUGGUUGUUGAUAUUAAAUGUAACAUGAAGUGAUACUUGAGUGCAAUGAUUAGCAUAUAUGUAGAAUUAUCUCCCUUCCAAUCAGUUUGUGCAUCUUUCAUUAUCAUAAGUGGCAUUAUAAGGGAUAUGUUUGGAAAGCAAGUGUCAGCAUGUGUAAUGGUUCAUCUGUAUAUAGAUAGGGAAUUUUAUUAUUUCUUGCUUUAUUUGUUGGAUAUUUACACUGGAACUUUAUCUGGACAUGAAAGGUAAAGCUGGGAAGGGAUUUCUGGGAAAACAUAAAAAAAAUAUUGAUGAAUACUAAAACCAACUAUUUACAUGAGGAUAAUCAGUUUGAACCGAUUCUUCCUGAAGGCAGGAACAAACUAGUGAUAUUCUAAUGUAGGAGUUGGUAUUUAUCAUAACAGUAUUGUACAUGUAUCUUGUAAUGACUAAAAAAUGUAUUGAGAUAUAGUAUAUUUACUUAAAAUUGUGUUGCUUGUUUUAAUGAAUGUUGAAGUAAGUGAAUGUGUGGAUUAUAUUUUCAGUAUUGAAGAUGUGUUUAGAAUUCAUGUUGGUAUCUGUAUACAUUAAAUAAAGAUACUUAUUAAAAUCCAUAUUUUGUCUGAAAUGGAAAUCACUACACACGAAGUUGCUUCUAACUCUACAGUGCAGACAGAUAUCGUACUUUAUAAAUAUCUAGUGUCAGAAUUUUAUCUUAGAAUAUUUAUUUUAUAAGCUGAUGAUAAAUACUGAUGAAAUAACGGCCCUGUUCUAAAAUCCAGUGGUAGUUUUCAUCUUAGCAAUAUAUUUAUCAUUUUCCCAUUGUGUAGGAUAUAUACAGAAUGUUUACAUUAAGAUAUUUAGAUUUAAAACAAUCAAAAUAUUUGUUACGUUUCUGUCCUUUUGAUUGGAUGCAUUUGAAAUACAUCACCUUAUAUUAUCCAAUCAGGAUGAAGUCUUAUUGGUUAAAAGCUUAUGUUCAAGUUUAAACAGUUUCCUUAAAACCUUGAAAAAAGGACAUAUUUUCCCCAGAUAUCAGGUGAAUGAAUUAUUACCAUUAAUCUAACUUUCAAGCUAUUUGUUUAUUACAAUGUUUUGCUGCCUGAAAGAAAUAAUGAAUUUUUUUACAUUAAAAUCUAAAAAUAACUGUUUAACUAACACAAUGGAAAAGGAAAAACAAUAUGAAAAAAAUUGACCUGGCUUAACUACAAAUACUAAAAAUAUUUCUUUUAAACCAAUUGAAAAUAUAUUAAAUUCUAAAUAUAUUAGUCCAAUAGCGUUACUCUUGUUUCUUAUAGAAGAAAAUCAAAAUUUUAUUUUAAAACUUUUGAUAUAUUAGUUUUGACUACAUCAAAGAGGGGUUGUCUGCUCAUCACAGUUUUACAGUUUUAAUAUUUGCUAUUGGUAAAUGAAAGUGAAAGGGAGAAGAAACACAUCGGGCUGCCUACACAGUAAGACACUGGGUGUAGGUUUAAUCAAUAAAUUUUCAGGUACAAAUGUUAUGUAUUAGUGUACUUGAAUUCAGCUAAUAGGUAUAGAAGUAUCAAAUUAAUGUUUACAUGUUACAGGACAAAGGGUUACCUCUCUGGUUUCUAAGAAAUUAGAAAAGGGAGAUAACUAUAAGAAGGGAGUAAUUCAAAGGGUGAAUAAGAUUUUUAAAAGGAGAAAAUUCCUCAGUGGACGGGUGAUAAAUGUUAUUGUUGGUGUUGUGUGCUGGCUACUUGUGUUUACUUGUUAAGUAUCAUCAUUCCUGUGAUUCAUUAACUUCAACAUUUUUAUUCUGAAGUAAGUGUUAAUGCAUUAUAUUGAAAAUUGUAUAUGAUAGUACACUUACUUAUCUUAAGCAAAAGAAAAACUUCUAAACUAUUGCGAACAUUAACGUUUGAUAAGAAUUCUGUCAAUCCACCAAAAAUGUUUAUUUCUCAAUACAUUUUACUGUCGGAUAUAUUGAUGCUCUAGUUAAAACUAUUGUAAAAAUUUCAAAGCUUCUUCACAAAGUUACUUCAAUAGUACAUACAUAAUAUAUGAUAGUCAAUUCCAUGUAGAGAACUCCACACAAGCUUCCAGCUUUUUAGUUCAGAAUUUGCCAAAGCUUAGGUAAAUUAAGUUAGAUCUGUCAUCAUUUCAAGAAUUGUUUUACAUUCAGCUGUAUCGUUCAAAGUGGUUCAUUUCCUCAGUGAAAAGAAUGGUACUCCAGGAUAUUUUAUUUUUCAAGCAUGAAACAUGUGAUCUAUGUUACAAAUAAAUCAUUGUGUUACUUUAAACAUACUUUCAGUUAAGGUUAUAUGUCACUUUAAAUAUUAAACCGGAAAAAAUUCUGACCUUGUUAUCUCCCUUGAAGUGUCAAGGAUAUUUAGUUUCGCUUCCUCAUAUACCUUGUUCUUAUUAGUAAAAGAAGGUAUUUGGAAUAUUUCUUAAUGGGUAGCCCCUACCAAAUGGAUGUGUAUUUUAUGGUAAGAUAGCAUACACCCUUAACAAUAAUGUAACAAGUAUUCCUGUAUUGAUCCUAUGUGUAUCUUUUAUAGGAUCAAAAUAAUAUCUGUAUCAGCAAAGGACUUGAACCUUGUUAAAAAGUUAAGCUAAAGAGUAUCACUGCUAAAUCUUAUAAUUGUGUCAGUUACAAAAUUUUAUUAACCAAGGAAAAAAAUUAAGGAACAAAAAUGUUAUUCUGGCUCAGAGCAACUUUCCUUAUUAUAUAUUUACCUGUCAUUUUAAAGUCAUGAAAUUGUCAUUGGAAUUCCAGGUUAUACCAACUAAACAUGAUGUGUGGUAGCGAUGUUUGUAUAUUUGUUUCUGUUGUUUAAUGUGUUGAUAUUAGUACCUAUUUUUUAACAUUGAAAUUCAGAUGCCAAGGCAUUUGAUUUUGCAAGAAAUUCACAAACAAAAAAUUUCAUGCUGGUGAUAUUAAUAUAUUGUAUGUCAAUGAUACUCUUUAUCUUGAUUGAAUAAAGAAAGUAAAAUUUAGAUUUCAAUCUGAGGAUUGAUACUAAGUCUGCUUGAUAGAUUUCUAUGUGGGUUUGAAGUCCUGAUGCAUAUGGUUUGUACUUAUCUAUAUAUAGAUAUAAGUAUUAUCAGUUGUAGCUGUAUAAAGCAAUAAUUUUAAAACCUUUGUAGUUAAUAACUGUUUCCUUAACUGUCUAUGUACCAUUGACUGAGACGAUUUGUUGUGUAAAAGUUUGUGAAAUGUACAGAAUUUUCUCAAUCUUCCACUUGAAAUAAAAUGUUAUAACUGAUCAAAUCUCUUAAAAACUCUUAGAAACUGGAGGGUGUUAUAACUGUGCUGUAUUUAUAUUGAUCUACUAAGUGUUUCCACAGAAGAUGGCGGGCGUAUCUCACAUUAUGAUAAUAUGGUGAAAUAUUGUCACUAAUUUACUCAGAUUAAUGUUUUAGAGACAAAUAUUUUUCAGACGUUGGAUAAUAUUUUGCCUGUCAAAAUUCAUCUCUCUUUUGCUCUGAUAAUUAGAGAACUGUCAAAAGUAUGGGAAGGAGAUUUUUUUCUUCAGCAAGAAAGCUGACUUACAUAUAAAUGCAUCACGCUGUAUUGUUAUAUUUUAUUUGCGAGGCUGUGAUUGUGUUGGAUUGUGUCGAGCCUCUAUGUUGUUUGAUGUUUGUCUGUUGUGUUGGUUUCUUCACUUUUUAUGUAAUUACUCAUUCCAAAGACAUUAUUUUAAUUGUAUUUAAUUACUAUGUACAUACCUGUAUGUAAAAUACUGUAUCACAAGCACGGUUACCAUGGAUACUCAUGUAUCAAAUAAAUCUAUCAUGUCAAUUAUA